UUUUUAUUUUUGCUUUUGUCAUUUUCGUAACAAAAAAGCGUGCUAAAACAUUUAACACGUUGGCUUGUCGUUGUUUUACAAGUAAUAUUUAACAAAAUAAUCGAUUAAAUAUGGUAAAACAAGAAAUAUCUGCUUCAGGUACAGAUUCCGACGAUAGCGAGCCUCAAACUCCUCUCGCAGCCUCCACUCAAAAGACCCCACCGAAACCGAAAAAACAGAUCAAACGCGACACCGACAGCAGCGACGAUGAAGACGCCUCACCAACACCGGACAAUCCAACAUCCGAGACGCUGACAAAGCUAAGCUCGAAAACGUUGCAAACUACCAAGGAAAGGUACCUGGCCAAAUUUCCCUUCGUUCGGCCCAGCAAAGCCAAAUACUGCGUGGACGUCGAUCUCACCGAUUCCAGCGAUGAAGUCUACAUUGUCAAGUGUCCUUCUUCCGUGGAUGCCCGGAAAGUGCUUAUGGGAGCUAAAAUGGAAUCUUUCGCAUCGGGAGCGGUAAGCAAAAUUAGCUCGACGGAGGAACUGGGGGGUGCGCAGCUGGAGGGAGUCUUGACGAAAAAUUCCACCCAGAAGCCGGUUACCAUCAUGGCGGGAACCGAGUUCAAGUCGUUCGUCCCGGUGGGAACCAUUCAGAUCCGAGAAUCGUUAGAGGACGCUCUACCUCCCAUGCCAGACAAAGGCGUAUUCAGCGCGGACGAAGAAAUUCCGUUUCCGGAGGAAAUUCGAGAGAGGCACCCACUGCUUGGGGUUGACUUCCAAUUGGCCCAGCGGCUUCCGAAACAUGUCAAGAAGGCCCUGUCGCUAGCCCAACAACGAUCUGAUGCGAUAUACCUACAAAAGGACGAGGAAAUGAUCACGACGACGACGAUGAAACCGCCGGCGGCUAAGUCGUAUAAGCGGAAACGGGGAGUCUCUGACGACACUCUCGAUUAUGUGGAAUCAGCCGAUGAAACUAUCACACUGAUGAUCAAAGAAGAGAAGCGUUCACCGUCGCCUCGCAAAAAGAAGCUGAAGAAAGAAAAUCCAACAACGGAUGACGAUUUAUCCUGGCUGAACGAGAUGUAGGAGGUCAAUAGAAAGAUAUUCCCCUAACAAGCCCAGGUUAAUCAUCAACUUACCAAUUCCAGGAUGACGUAGUCGGCAAGACAUGCGACGGGUGAUUGGGAGAUCACGAGUUCAAAUCCCAAGAUGAGAAUUUUUUAGAAGAGCUUGUGUGUUGUAAAUGCGU